GCUUUGGUUCUUUACAUGCUAACAGCUAUAAGGGAAACAACAGUGAAAGUUGGUCUCUAUAUGUUGUUAAAGAGUGGAUUUCUUCAAGUGAGACAGCCUUCUAGUAUGACCAACAACUUGGAAUGGGGAAAUAACUGUAGGCAAAAAGGCUAUUCCAAGGUGAUUUUCUUUCUUCAGUGCACUGGCUUGGCACAGUUAUCUUCCUAUGUCAUUGGAGGAGCUUAUAAUUUCAGUAGCUGUAACCACCCAAAUAUCAUGGAAGACUACCAGAAUGUGCUAAAGAAAAAUAUUCUGGAUAGUCUGAAAAAUAUUCAGAUCCAGACAGGUCAUAUUAAUAAUUGCUGCCCAGAGCUGAAGCCCGAAAGUGCCUUAUUGGCUUGCAUCCACAAUUUUACUAAAAAAUGCGUCGCGCCGCAACACUCCGGCAUCUGGAAUGCCACGGAUGUACUCCUAAGGAAAAACUGCGACGGCUACUCCGAGAACAAUGGAUCUCAGAAUGUGCAAGUAAUUUUUCGGGACUCUAUAAAGUGUAACUCUCAGCGAAAAAAAGAGGAAUGUGGGAAUCGCACAUCCUUGGAACUUAAUGAAAUGUGGAAUAGCUACCUUAGAAAUAUUAGCAGAUCACCUUGACUUCAGAAUAAAUCACUACUAAACAAUGCAAGUUUUAGACCAUAUAUUUUACAAGAUUUAUUUUUAUAAAUGGAGUUAAUUUAUUUUGAGUAAGCACUUCAAACAAUAAUAAUUUUUUAGGCUCCAUGCAUUUUACAACUUUUUUUAAUGGUGUUUAUUAUGUGUGACUAUUUCAAACAAUAAAUUAAUGACUAUAUUCAA